GCACUGUUAUUCUGUGCAGCCGAUCCUAUGCAAGAUGACUCGGAAGUAAUCUUCAGUGUGUACAUGUGCAUAGGAUGGUUGCCCUGAGGAAAUAUGGAUCGAGAAGGUGUUUCUUUUCCUUGGUUUGGUCCUCCCGGCAGUCCCCGUAGACCACAGAAGAAAGUAGAGGUGACUGGAAUAGUUAAACCUGCCAUGAGAUGCAUCUGCCUUGGAAUUUUUGUUUUUGUACUUACUUCUCUGCUGGCUGAUGCUACGUUGUCAAAAACAGAUACAAAAAAAGCUGCCUCAAAAACAUUGGAGGAGAAGUUUUCUUUGCAGACUCAUCAUUCAGAUAAAGUGGUCCAAGACCGUGAUCUUGUAGUCACUGAUCCAAAAGCUAAAGAUAUUAUACUCGAACACAAAAGCUACUGUGCCAAGAAAGCAAGAGAGCGAUACUUCUUAGGAGAUGUUCUGGGCUAUAUUACACCUUGGAACAACCAUGGUUAUGACAUUGCUAAAAUAUUUGGAAACAAAUUUACGACUAUCUCACCAGUCUGGCUGCAGGUGAAGAGAAGGGGCAAGGAGAAAUUCCAGAUCACAGGGCUUCAUGAUGCUGAUAAAGGUUGGAUGAAAGAAGUCAGGAAGAAUGCCAAAAACAUCAAAAUAGUUCCUCGGAUUUUGUUUGAAGACUGGGCUUACCAUGACUUUCAGAGUGUAUUUGGCAGUGAGGAUGAGAUAGAAGAGCUUUCUAAUAACAUGGUUCAAGUAGCCAAGAAUGAAAAUUUUGAUGGCUUUGUGGCUGAAGUUUGGAGCCAACUAGGAAAUCAAAAGCAGUCGGGUCUGAUUCACUUGCUCACUCACCUCUCGGAAGCUUUGCAUCAAGCACGACUUAAGCUAAUACUUGUUAUCCCUCCUGCUGUCAUGCCAGGGUCCUAUAAAUGGUUGCGUGCGGGCAAGCUAAUUGGCUCUCCAUUCCAGUUCUACAUCCUGUGGUUUGUCUGGGCUUUGGACAUCAGACUUGACACUUGCAUACUGUUUUGGGUAUGUACAGUGUAUGCAUAUGUACAACCUGUUUAUGAGUCAAGCUAUCCUGUGCCGGCAAUUCUCCCUUGUCUCCCCAGUCUUACUUGUGUAAGGCCUUUCAUUGUGUAGCUGCACUGGCCUUAGUUACUGCAUGAUGCAACUCCUGUGCUGUGCUGCUCUACUUGUGGUGCUACUCGAGUGCAAGGGCCCUUACAUUUGAUCCUUUCUUCAUUUUGUCUUGCAUAGCAACUAUGGGAUUAGGCUGCCAUGUACUCAUAUUUGUAUUGCAGUUAAAUGUGUGCAGUAAUUUGAAAAUGUUCCAUCUCAUAUUGAGAUUCUCUAAUUUCAAACAUUUGUUCUUUUGUAUAUGGGAUGCUUUUUUAAUGUUGGAUACAGCACAAUACUUUUUAAACCUGUCUGUGUAAUACGCAUUGAAACAAAACAUGAAUAUUUGAAGAAGGUCAGCAGAUCCCAACUAAAAGCAGCAGAAGCACGAAUCUCUCAGGUCUGUGUCUGGCUUACUUUAGAUCUAAAGCAGAUUGUUCCUGCUUGCUAAUUGUAGUCGGCUGUGGAAAGCAAAUGAGUGCUCUUAAACACAUUUGCAGCGUCUACAUUAUCAGUCAUUAUUACAACAAAGCUUCCCAUCAGACUAAUGCAUUCUUUUCAAGAUCUGACAGUUGUAGCAAACAAUAGAUAUUGUAAAAGACUUUUCUAUAUUUUGAAUGUUAAGUGAAAUGUAGGCAAUCUUGAAGCUAAAUAUUCUUUUCCUCAUGAUAUUCCGUGACUCUUUUAUAGAAUUAGGUAGAAUUUCUAUAUUUGAUAGUGCUAAUAUGUAUAUCGUUAUUGUAUAGUUGUGGACUAGCCUGCUUCGAUGUAAAAACCUUUGCAAAGUAUUAGUUGCCUCAGAGUAGACUAUUACUACUACAAUGAAUCUUCUUCUGUGGAUGUGGACAUAAGCAUUGAACACCUUUCAGAAUGUCAUAUGUAGGGUUUUUUUAAAAGCACAUUUUGAAGACUUCUACCUGAACUCAUUACAGGUGUUGCUCGUUAUCCAUGAA